CCAGGGCGCGAUGGAGGUCCAGCGUGGCAUCGGCCAAGACGCGAUGGACAACACCCACCCACCUCCACACCGACCCGUGCAACGUCCAGGGGCAACGGCAGGCGACACCGACACCGAAUUUAGGCAGGCUGCAAGCACAAACCGAUAGUCGGCCAGAUAUCCUCGGUUUUUUGGGCGCCAAUUGUGGUGUUUUCCAUGUUUCCCACGGGGAAAAGGAAGAGGGGGAACUGAGCUUGUUGUGAUGUUUGAGUGAGUGUCGUUGUGAAUGGAGCCAUUAUGAAGCGACGGUUGUGAAGGAUCGACUGGUCUGAGCUUUUGUCUGGGGAAAUUGCGGGGAUAUCGGACGACUCCGUCUGGGGAAAAUCCACACACUCAUCCACAGCACAUCCACGCAACAUCCACAAUCCCCCGCAAAAAGAGCAGAGGCAGCAGCAAAACAAAUGAGCUUGUUGGUGAUGAGCUUCGGAGAUGAGCCGAGAUCUGUCGAUUCCACUUCUCGUGUCCUCCACCAUCUUUUUCCACACCGAGUCUGGGGAAGUGGCGACAGUUGCCGUCGAAUGUUCUCGCCCAGCUCCUCACCGUUAGACGUAGUGGGUAAGGUGGUGGAGUUUGAUGGAUGCCAGAGUCUCUCUCUCCGCCUCUAUCUAAUCUAUCUUUUUUGUUUCUGUUCAAUGCGUGCGAUGUCGGCUCCCGCAGCGUGCGAUGCAGCUGUAGGUUUCCACCUUCCUUGUUGCUCUUGUCUGGUUCCGAUGCCUUGGUCAAUACUGCAACCACGUAAUCGCAGGGCCCGAGAAUUGCACUCUGCUGGUGGCAUAAUGCGAUUGUGCGGCACUCGCCAAUCGCCAAUCUUCAUCACCGUUCCUGCAAGCAUGCGAAAACUCUGUUGCCCUGUGAAACACGGCCAGCGCGCCGCCGUGUCUCCCUGGCGAUAAUCUCGUGUCCGGACGAGCCAUUCUCAGCUCUUUUGCACCACGUCUGUGCCCCAGGUCAGCCUCAACACACCAUCACCAAAAACGUUCUACGCUCGGGCAUGGCUUCCAGAAGCAUUCUUUCUCCCUUGGUCCGCCGGCCUGCCUCACGCGGUCGUCCGACCUUUGUGGCAGACUAGUGAUACAGAUGCUGGACAAGCAACAAGCAACAACUUGGCAGGCCGGCGGGUGGCUUGCGAUCUGGCAGUUAUCGCACGUGUCGAGACGGCGCUCAGACGAUUCAACCUGCACCAGACAGAACACCACCUUGCUCUCUCGAGUGCCGGAGCGCAGUGAGCGCCAACCCGCCAAUGGCAGCCAUCCAGCUCGCCUAGGCUCCAAGGAAUUUAUCCAUCUGCCCGAAGGCUUCAUCCGGCGCGCCGUUGGUGGCAGCCACGUGCGGGGAUGAGAUUUGAACGCUUGGCUUCCCUGCUGACGACGGGGGGAUGGUGAGCUGCCCAAUGGCGGGGCAUCACCACGGCCAAGCCGGACAUGUUGUACAGAUCCGGGCUGCUGGUGGCGCUGAGCAGCGAUGCUGACUGGUGAACCACACAAGUCCCCGCGUCCCAAUCUCGCCAGACGGCCGUCGACAACUCUGAAGAGACUCAAGAGGCAGCGUUGCAGCCAAGGCCGCUUGCCCAAAGCCGGUGGGUUGGCGUACCAUUCCUAUCUGCACCGGAGGGGGAUCCCCUGCCAACCCAAAAAACGCUUCCUUCAACCUCCUCGCACAUCGGGCCGUCCUCGAGAUGACUGAUUUCUUGCUGUCCAUGUACACUAGCUACCGUGUAUGUACGGAUGGUAUCUGCCAGUGCCGCCAAUCGACGGCUGACUGGCGCAACCGGCUGGCACUUGUGGAUGAACGAAAAAGGGCUGAAACCACCAGCAGACGCCCAUCAGCUCAUCCUCAUCUCAUCUCUCCCGGACGCAGGAGGUACAUGCAGCGUGCUAAGGCAGUCUAGUGGACGCAGUAGUAGUGUAUGUAUCCUGACAAAAACAUUGGGGGUUGGCGUCUCCAGUUUCCGCCCGGCCGUGGAAGGCCAAGGUGUCAUCGUGUGCUGUAUGCUUUCCAGGAUGUGGAAUUGGGGAACGGGGUGA